CCGGCCUCGUCAGCGCCGCUCCCGAUAAAAGGGCGGCGGCGGCCGCGGCCCGCCCGCAGCCAGCGCCAUGUUCUCCCUGCGGCCCCGGGCCGUGCUCGGCUUCAACCUCUACUGCGGGGGCUCGCCCGCCUCGGCACACACAGCGCCAGCGCCGCCGCCAACGCCUCGGCCGGAGCCGCCGCUCGGAGCCGCCUCGGGAGAAGAAUCCCCCUCAGGAGAAGAAUCCCCCUCAUCAGGAGAAGAAUCCCCGCCGCGCUCGCUGAUUGGCUGCGGCGCCGCGCCGCGCUCGCUGAUUGGCUGCGGCGCGGCUCUUUGGCGCCCCGAGCAGGAGCUGGACGGCUGCGACUCCGAGCCCGAGAAGGGCCCAAGGGGGGAUUCCCUGCCCGGCACCCCCCCGGGACCCCCCGACAGGCUGCGGCAGGACACGCUGGAGCUCAUCGGCCGCUACCUGCGGGAGGCGGCGGGGGAGGCCUCGCCGGCCGGCGCUAAGAAGCUGUUUCCCGGACUGCUGGGGGGGCCCGGCCGGCCCGGAGGGGAGGCCGUGAUGGAGAAGGCGCUGGAGACGCUGCGGAGGGUCGGCGAUGGAGUCAUGAGGAAGCACGAGCUCGCCUUCCAAGGGAUGCUGAGGAAGCUGGAGAUCCGGCAGGAGCAGGACCUGCAGGCCGUGGUGGAGGUGGCAGGGCACGUGUUCAGCGAUGGGGUGACCAACUGGGGCCGGGUGGUGACCCUGGUGGCCUUCGGGGCCUUCGUGGCGCGGCAGCUGCGGGGCCCGGAGCGCGAGCGCUGCGUGGGAGCCCUGGCCCAGAUCCUGAGCGACGCCCUCGUGGGGGCACGGAGGGACUGGCUGAUCCAGCAGGGGGGAUGGGAGGGCUUCGUGGACUUUUUCCGUGUGGAGGACCUGGAGGGGAGCCUGCGGAGCAUCCUGGUGGCCUUCGCGGGCGUGGCGGGGCUGGGGGCGGGCCUGGCCUUCCUGAGCCGCUGAUCCCGGCCUGGCCUCGCCUCCCGAGGGGCCGGACGAGCUCCGGGCCCUCCUCCCACACGGCAGAAUUCCCCCUGGGAUGCUCCCUGCGCCACGAGGAGGAGGAGGAGGAGGAGGAGGAGGAGGGGGUGGCCCUGCUCAGCUGGAUGGAAAAUGCUGGAAGGUUUGGCUGCUCUUCCCCACCCCCCCUCCCCAGAGGAUGAUGAUGAUGAUGAUGAAGCAGGAUCAGCCCCUGGGCUCGGACUGAGAGAGGAGGAGAAACCUCAAAGAGGAAAACUCCAGGAACAGCCCCCCCUGUCCCCUUUUCCUUCCUCCUGCCAAAAAAUCCUGGAGGUGCUGAGCCCUCCCCCCCGUGGGGGUUUGGUUUUUUUUUUUGGGGGGGGUCCUCAAUGAGCAGCCCCCUCUGGAAGGGGCAGAGAGCUUUGGGAUCCUCUGCCAGGACAUGGAAGUGCUGGAGCCUCUUUCCAUUCCCCCCUCCAGGAGGGUCCCAGGGGGGAUGAGAAGGAAGGAGAGAAUUUUGGAUGUGCCCCCCCUGGAAAUGGGGGAAAUCCGCGGGAAAAAGGACAUUUGGAGAGCGGGGGAUGUGAUUCCAUCCCCCAGAAAUCCUGGAGUGGCCCAGCCUCGGGGUUGGGGGUUUAAAUCUCGGGUUUUUUUGGGUGGUUUUGGCCUCCCGGGGAAGGGGGGGUGGGAUUGGGAGGAGCUUGGGAGUCACUUCUUCAUCCCUCUUGUCCCUCGUGUGCUUCCAAUCCCUCCUCCUGCUCCUCCUAUCCCUCCUCCUGCUCCUCCAAUCCUUCUGUUCCCUCCUCCUGCUCCUCCAAUCCUUCUGCUCCCUCCUCCUGCUCCUCCCAUCCCUCCUCCUGUCCCUCCCAUCCCUCCUCCAAUCCUUCUCAUCCCUCCUCCUGCUCCUCCAAUCCUUCUGUUCCCUCCUCCUGCUCCUCCCAUCCCUCCUCCUGUCCCUCCUAUCCCUCCUCCUGCUCCUCCAGUCCUUCCAAUCCUUCCUGCCCAUGCAAAAAUCUCUCCUGCUCCUCCCAUCCCUCCUGUUCCUCCAGUUCCUCCUCCUGUCCCUCCCACCCCCUCCUGCUCCUCCAAUCCUUCCAAUCCCUCCUCCUGCUCCUCCCAUCCCUCCUGCUCCUCCAGUUCCUCCUCCUCCUCCUCCCCUCCCUCCUCCUGCUCCUCCAAUCCUUCCAAUCCCUCCUGCCCAUCCAAAAAUCCCUCCUGCUCCUCCCCUCCGUCCUCCUGCUGCUCCGAUCCUUCCAAUCCCUUCCCGCCCCUCCAAAAAUCCCUCCUUGCUCCUCCCCUCCCUGUCCUUCCCUCCUCGCAUCCCCGGGCUGGACGAGGCUGAGGUUUGAAUGUAAAGAACUUUAGGUGUUUUUGGGGGGUUGGGGGAUGAUU